CCAGGCCCGUCCAACACACCCAGUUAUAUCAAGCAGUCUCUCAGGAGUGGAAAGCUUAAUUGUCAAGCCAUGGACAGCCGUCGGGACAAGAAGAUCUCGCGCUCAAUCAUCUUCGCCAUCCAACAAGACGACACGUCCGAGAAGCGACUCAGACUAUGGCGCCCUCUCAAGACCUUCUUCGCGCUCUACGGCCUGCUGUUGAUCAGACUGCGUCCCGAGUUGUUCAAAAGGCUCCGGAACCAGACAUGGCAUCUGCCAGACGAGGAAUACAGGAGCAGCUUCGGGUACAAGGACUCCCUCGUGUCAAAAGGCGACAUGGGCUAUUCGGGCUCGACAUUCUUCAACACGAAAGAUAACCGAUUCCUCAUCAAGUCCAUCCCCCGCCGCUUAGAGCACACCUUCUUCCGCGACGACCUGCUGGAGCCCUACGUGUCACACAUGGAGUCCCACCCCAGGUCGCUCCUCGUCCGCAUCACCGACUUCCUGGGGUGGCGCUACCCGAGCAUCGGCGGCCUGUUUGGGAUUACACCGACCUACCAUCUCGUGAUGGAGAACCUGCUGCACGGCCAGCAGGAAGAUUCCGACUGGCAGACCUUCGACCUGAAGCCCAUGUCGUACUUCUUCCCGGAGCGCGACAUCGCCGGCGGCAAGCUCGCCUCGGAGGCCACCAAGUCCAAACUGGCCAACCACUUCGACGACAAGAUGCUCCUCAGCCGCGAGCGGGCGGAGGAAUUCUUCCACCUCCUCGAGCAAGACACGGAGCUCCUGGCGAGGCACAACGCCGUCGACUACAGCCUGAUGCUGGUGCGGAUCCCCAAGAGCUCCUCCUCUCCCGCAGACGACGACCACCAGAACCCCUUCGACGACCCGCCGGACUGGCGGACCGGGGUGCCCAGCCAGGACGACAAGUGGCUGUUCCGCGCGGUGAUCCUGGAUUUCUUCUGGGCCAAGCACAAGGUCCACGCCAAGACGAUGACCAUGCUCAUCAACGCGUGGAGGAUGAUCGAUGACAAGGGCCCCAUGAGCAUCACCACCGCGGCGCCCGAGUACCGCGACAGGUUCUUGAAGAUGUGCAGAGAGAUCGUCAAGGUGCCGGAGCAGGAGCAGGAGUAGAAGUUUUGUUAUCGUCGUUGUCCUUUCUUAGCAAGCGAGCCGGGAUUUUAUUUCUAAUUGUUGUCCAGCCGGGGUAUGUAUGGUGUCUAGGGAGAAAGACCG